AUGGACCGUGCCCAUCGUAUCGGUCAAAAGAAGGUUGUCAACGUGUACCGCCUGAUUACCCGAGGUACCCUGGAGGAGAAGAUCCUGAACUUGCAACGAUUCAAGAUCGACGUCGCCUCCACCGUGGUCAAUCAACAGAACGCCGGACUCGGAACAAUGGAUACAGACCAGCUGCUUGACCUGUUCAAUCUCGGCGAAACGGCAGACACAGCCGAGAAGCCAAGCGACACAGCCGGCAAUGAAGUAGACAUGGUUGAUAUUGACGGCGAGGUCAAGGAGAAGGGCAAGAAGGGCUGGCUAGACGAUCUGGGCGAGCUCUGGGAUGACCGCCAGUACCAGGAAGAAUACAACCUGGAUUCUUUCCUGGAAACCAUGAAAAACUGA